ACCGCGAAGUUAAAUAACUCAUGAGAAUUCAGAACGAUCUCUUUAAUAAAUUGCUUAUGAGCGUCGAUCGCGACAAAACGUAUUUUUCUUCAUAUUUUCACUCAUCCGGCAAUAACCAACAAAAAAAUACCCCUCUCUCUUCUGCUACUUGUUCUACUAUUUUGUUACUCGCGUAUCACUCGCGAGGUGUAUUUUUUUCUCAAUGAUAUUAUCUCAAAGUGGAGAAGUAUUUCUUGCCAGUGUCACCACCAGUACGUUACGGUAUACACGUCUCUGGUAUUCCUCUUCUCGAUGUUCGUGUGAGAAAUAAUAGUUUUGACUUGGAUCAACUUCACCCCAGGCUUCUCACUAGAGCAUCCUUCGAUAAUAAAAAAAAAAUUAUAAAGGAAAUAUAUUUGAAUCAAAAUCAUCACAGAAAAAUGAGGGUCGUGGCGUUGGUCAGCGGCGGCAAGGACUCUUGUUUCAACAUGAUGCAAUGUGUAGCUGCGGGUCAUGAUAUCGUGGCCCUGGCUAAUUUGUACCCUGUUGGAAAGGAUGAGCUGGACUCGUUCAUGUAUCAAACAGUCGGUCACAUGGGAGUCGAAUACAUUGGCAAAGCAAUGGGUUUGCCCAUGUAUCGUGAGCCUACAUUUGGCAGAUCUAGUAUGAGAGAGAAAAAUUAUUUGCCCACUGCUGAUGACGAGGUGGAAGAUCUUUACAGACUGUUGUCAAAAGUUAAGGAAAAAGAAAAUAUUGAAGCUGUUGCCUCGGGAGCCAUACUCAGUGAUUAUCAACGAAUUCGCGUCGAAAAUGUAUGUAGCAGGCUAGGCCUCGUUUCGUUGGCAUAUCUUUGGCGGCGCGAUCAGGACGAAUUGCUUAAAGAGAUGAUCGAAUGUUCAGUAAACGCUGUUAUAAUAAAAGUUGCAGCUCAAGGUUUGGAGCCUAAGCAUUUGGGCAAAUCGAUAUCCGAAAUGCAGCAUCAUCUCGGAAUUGUGAGUGACAUGUACGGGGUGAACGUGUGCGGAGAGGGAGGGGAAUAUGAAACUUUUACAUUAGACUGCCCGCUGUUCGUUAAAAGCAUCAUAAUAGACGAGUACGAGAGUGUGGUCUCGAAUGAUAAGAUUGCACCGGUUGGAUACCUCAAUUUUAAGAAGAUACAUUUGCAAGACAAGAAUAACGGUAUUGAGAAUAUGACGCUUCAGGAACGAUUAAAAAAAGUCUCUAUAAAAGGCCCUUACGAUUACAUUGCCGAAAUUGUCGGGCCCGAACUUCAGGAUGGAUGCAAUUUGUCGGACGAUGAUAAUGACGAACGCGAGAUCGACAACAUAAGCUUGAAAACCUCGAAUUCCGGUCCUUUCCAUCCGCCAAGCCCGUUGGAGAUAAAAUAUGACGAUGAAGAUUAUCCGGAUGUACCGGUAUCGAACAAAAAUAAAACUGGAUGGUAUUGGUUUGGUGGUAUAGCCGGAAAAAAUCCAGAUUCAAAGCUCGCGAUGGAGGAGGCGCUCGACAAACUAAGCAAUCUCGUUAAAAGAGAAAAUCUUCAAACGACGAACAUCGUUGGGGUAACGUUAUACGUUAAGAACAUGUCGAAUUAUGCCUCGAUAAAUGAAGUUUACGUUUCGAGGCUUGGUCAGCCAAAUCCACCGGUUCGUGUAUGCAUUGAGUGCCCUUUGAACGUUCACGUCGUUCUUGACGCGCUUGCUUACAAGGAGAUGAAAGUGAACGAGACUGAAAAAGUUUUAAAAAGGCACACAAUGCAUGUACAGAGUAUAAGUAAUUGGUCGCCUGCCAGUAUUGGUCCUUAUUCUCAAGCCAUUCGAGUAGGCCACAUCAUUGCAGUUGCCGGUCAAAUUCCUUUCGUACCCGGCACAAUGCAACUUCUUGACCUAAAUAUCAAGAGACAGUGUCGUUUAACGUUGAGACACAUAAAUCGUAUCGUAAACGCAAUGGACUCGAACACACAACUUAGGGACAUAGUUCAGGGUAUAUGUUUUCUUACGCAUCCGAGUUACAUACCCGAGGCGAGAAAAGAGUGGGAAAAACGGACGAACAACGCAAUUGUCGAUUACGUUGUUGUGCCGAGACUUCCGCGUGGUGCACAGGUCGAGUGGUGUGUUUGGGCGCACAGAGACAACAACAGGUUCGAAUAUGAGGAGACCGGCAAGUGCGUCGGUAAUUUCAAAGUUGCCAUAAGAAGAAGAUGGAACUAUGAAAACGAUGUUUCCGCUAUAGUAUGUUACCUGUCGACAGUAGGUUCGUCGAAUUCAACGGGAAAUUUGGCAAUGGAGACGACGCUGACCUCGCCGGAAUUGACAGCUGCCGAAUUGACGGAGGCGUUUGAGUACCUGAUAGCAAAGCUAACGAAGCAAUCACGCACGGAGAACCCAACAUGUAGCUUGAGAAUUUUUUACAAAGUUGGCAGUUCACCGAGCCCGAGAUUUAUUCAGGACGUAUUGGAUGCUUUUUCGUCGAGGAAUUUGGUUACGACGAUAAUACCGACGAUGCAUCUGCAUAAUUUCAGUACCUUUCUAUCUGUGUGUGGUAUAAGACACGAAUAGAGAAAGAAAGAAGGAUGAGAGUGCGGAGAGCGAACGAAAUUGACGUAUCGAAGGAGAGAAUGAACAAAACAAAAGCACGUGCUUCAACGACUCGGCGUACUUUAUCACACGGGGGUCAAUCGAAGACGACGCGAAGGAGGAGGCGGAAAAUGAGACGAUCGAAAAAAGAGAAGCUAUUUGAAGCGAAUGGAAAAACAAUUCAAUUUGUUGAAAUGGGGAUAAACGAAAGCUAGAAAAGGAACGGGCAGAGUCGAAUAACAUGAAAUGCAAUUGUAAACAGUGAGUAAAGCGCGCGUGCAUUGGAAGAUAAUAACAGAUUAUAACGAAAUAAAACAAAAUUUAUCGCGAACGACCUAUAUAUCGCUGAUGAUAGAAGAAUGAUGGGACACGAAUCCAAAGAAACAUUGAGAGAACAAAUUCUCAUGGUGCUCUGAGCGAUAUGAGUGUAGACAAAAGGAACUGUUUCGCUUUUUUAAAAAAUAGCGAAUCAAACGAAAAAAAGCCAGACAUUUUUUCGCUUCCAAUCGCUGAAUGUGCUUUAUUUUUACAUGUUUAUUCAAUUCCCAAAUUAACUGAGCAUUGACUGGCCAUUUUAUUGAUACCAUUCGAUCCUCUCCUCCUUUUCUGAGUUUCGAAUUCGUAAUAUUAUCUUCAUGUUACGUUUCUUUUGGCUAGUCAACAACCGGGGAGUUUCGAGAUCAUUUCAUGAUUUUUCAAGGUUAAGAAAAAAAUUCUCGAUAUCCCGUGCUUAGCAGUAAGUAAAAAAGAAAAAUUUUACAAUGAAUUAACAUGGAAGAAAAAAAGAAUGGAAAAGAAACGCAUUCACGGAUUGAUUUGUACGUGUAAAUUUGUAUCUCAUUUCGUAAAUUGUAAUUCGUCGUCAACGAAGUCUCGUUUCUUUGCUCAAGGAGUUUCUUAUUUUCUAAAAUAAUAUAUAUAAAUAUAGAUAUAUCUUGGUGUCUCGCGCGAAUAUGAACAACACACACAUACUCAUCAACACAUUGCGAACCGUUGAAUCUAUUGAAAAUCUUAUUUAUAUCAACGUGAACGUUGAUCGAGACACCCGCAAAACAUGAAUGAAAUAUUCUUUCAUUAUUGUAUAUUAGGGCUCGAAAUGUAGUGUCCUAUAACAAGAAAGAAAACAAAAAAUCAACGGAGGAGAGACAUAGGAGAAGGGAGAAACUUAUUGAAUCGUUAUAGACCAUUUUGACAUUUGCUUCUUAUUUUUCUUCCGCGUUCUUGUUUUUACGAAGAAUACGUAACCGUCUCGACGAAAAAAAAAUGGAGAAAUAGAGAAUAAGCUUUCUAAAAUGCAUUUCGUCGUGAUUCGUAAUGCGUUCGAUGUUGUCGAAUUUUGGAAGUUAUAACGAGUAUUUCUUCCUGCCUGAACUCCUAAAAAAUCAAACGCAGAACACACACACACACCAACACAAACUCAAUGUCCAUCUUACUUCAUCAACAAAUAACUUGAUUUCUCACUGUAUAAAACAAUGAUUAACGUAACUUUCAUCAUUCAACAAUCUUCAUUAGGUGAAAAAAAGAACCGAAAAAAAAAUCAAGAAUAAAACACGGUGGACUUGUAUCGAUUCUGAUGCAGCGUUACAGGCUCGAGUCGACGAGUGAUUUUUUUAAAAUUCGUUGCUAUUUAACGAACUUUACUGUUAUUCGAACAAUAUGAAGAAAAACAAAACCGCAUUAAAAUACUCUUGUUCGAAUGAAAAAUGUGUCGCUAAAUAGGCAUGAGAUUUCUUACUUAUAUUAACUGAAAGAAAGAACAAACCAAAAUAUGCAGAAUGUUAAAAAUAUUGCAGUUGAUCCAACGAGUCAUAAAAGUCGAGGAAAUAUUAAAGGAUUCGAGAUUGUAUCGUAGCUGAAACAAACAAACAAAAAAAAGAGUAACGAAACUCGAAAAACAAAUCCACGCUGAUUCAAGAAUUAUUGCGAAAAAACAAACGGAAAUAAAUAAAAAAAAACGGUAUAUAUUUUUAA